UGGAAUCCUGUGACACAAUCUAGAGAGAUCAUGAGCUGAGAUCAGUUUGGCUAGCUGUGGAGUGGUCUAGAUGUAUUAGACACUGAAGUGUAUAUAUACUCACUGCUGCAACUAGUCUAGAUCUAUAUAUAGAGUCUAGACUAACUCUAGAGUCUUAGUGUCUAGUGUCUAGAGUCUAUAGACUCUACUUGGAGUCAACUGGUGGAGACUCAGAGGCCGAAGGCCUCAUUUGAACAUCAACAACAAGUACAUGAAGAGUUGCCCGAACUGUGCAGCUUCAAUGGGGCACUAUGGAAAUGCUCAGGAAGGUUUUGUUCAGACCAUUAACUGUACUGCACUCCCGAUGGAGCAAUAUUUGUGUAAACUCUUCUCUGAUCACAAGGAGAAAAGAACAUGCUUUCGGACAGAGUUGAGAAAGUAUCGUAACAGCAACAAACGUUGUUUAACAGAUAUAACCUGGACAACCGGUUUGGACAAGACACCACAAAUAUUGGAGGUGGAUUUUUUGUUGCUGAUUAUAGCUGGAGAUAUCGAAACUAACCCUGGCCCUGUUCUUACAACACUGACACUCUCAACUCUUCAUGAAGAAUUAGUUGAGUUGACUAAUCCACGUCUUUUUGGUGAACACUUGGGCAUUCCUCAGUUGGUAUUGGACAAACUUCAUCCAAAUGACGUCAUCAAACAGAAAAAUACCCUGCUUCAGUACAUUGCUAAUAACCAUGAACUGUACGAAUUUGAUUGGGAGAAAAUCGCUGAUGCUCUUGAUAAAAUGUCAUUGAGAGACCUGGCCACGGAGCUGAGGUCUAAAUAUUGUCAACAUGAUCAUUCAUCUUCAAGUGAUGAGUAUCUUUCAGCAGAAGAGCCCCCUUCAAGUGAUGAGCAUCAUUCAGCAGAAGAGCCCCCACCGGUGCAAUUAUCCCCGACACCAUCAUCUCAAGUACAAACUCCAGUAAUUCCAGACCCUGUUCCUUCUCAGCAGCUGACCAAGGAUUCAAUAGCAGCUACGAGCGCUUCAAUGUCAGACUCUGCAACACUGGAUAUUUCCACACUGACUGAUCUGCCAAGAGUAGGAUUUCAAGAACGGUUUCUAGUGCCAGACUCUGUUCCAUCUCAGCAGCCUACCGAGGAUGCACUAGUGCCAACUAGGACUUCAUUAUCAGUAGCACUGGGUCCUCCUGGACCCUCACCAAGUAUACCAACACUAGUAAAUGAAAAAGGUAUUCUAAUGCUAAUGAAAAGACACAAUGUCACUGAUAAGCAACUCAACACUGAAAUAAAGGAAGCUGAUUUCCCCCACUUGGCUGAAUAUUUUGAUGGGAUUGAGCUCUAUAUUUGCAAGAUGGGUUUGACUCCUUCUGAACAAGGCGAUGUGAAACUGAAGGGAAAUCACAACAUUCAAGCUGCAAUGAUUAUGUGCUUGUCUUACUGGCGAGGACACAAUCCUUCGAAAGCGACAUACAAAUCUCUGUUGAGCAUCUUAGUGAGUCUUGAUAAAGGAUUGAUAGCUGAUCAUGUGUGUCAGUACGUGGCUGGGAAAAAUGCUGAAAGGCCAAAUCUGUGCCAAUCAUCGGAUUUUAAUAUGAAGCGAACGUAUGUGCGUUUUGCUUGUGGCUGUGAUCACUGCUCUUUACUGGAUCGUGUACUAGGGAAAAAAUGCCCUAAUCAAGAACAGUAUCCAUUUCCUAAAAUUGGUUUUAGUCAAGAGUUGUCUGACGAUGUGAUCUGUGAUUUAAACAGAUUUAAAGAAUCUCUACUGAACCAAUCAAGAAGAAUUCAUGGUAUGUUUCUUGAAUUAAUGACCCACACAUUCGAAACUCUAAAGAAGAGGAAAGUGGAUAUUGAAAAUGUGAAGUAUUAUCUGAGAUCACUAUUUCCCCUUGAUUGGCGUUUUCUGGCUAUACUCUCUCAGGAAGAAGUAAAUCUAUCUGGUGAUUUCAACUCUGUGCAAGAUUUCUAUAAACUUAGUUAUUUUUUGCAAGAAAGAUACUGUACUUGGUACAACUAUGAUUUGAUAGCACGGCUGCGGAAAAAAUUUCUUUUUCGGAAGAAAGAUUCGAAAUUAGAGAAUUAUGAGAGUUCGUUUAAAGAUAUUGUCUAUCGUAGAUGUUUUCUUUAUUUAGACAACGGUGGUAAAGCCCCCAAAUAUCAGACCGAAGUUGUUUGUAAGAUUGAUAUUGAUUAUAAAGAAUUGUCACAGCCACUAAUUGAACACUUAACGAGUGUGUUUGCCAACGCUAUUGGUUUGGGUAAGUAUCAUUUGGUUUUCAAAAAAGUUAUAGAAGGUUGUACUGAACUAGUGUUUCGAGCACCUCAAUACAUCAUGAAGCUAAAGAAAUUAUCACCGUAUCAGGUGCGUAGCUUAAGAGAACAUAACAUUAUUGCAGUCAGAAUCGGUGAUCGGUACCUCUUUAGACAUGAUCAUGGCUUACUCAGCGCUUGUGAAAAAAACUUGGAACUUUUAGACAAGGUUAAAGUUGAUGUAUCUCCUUGCACACUGUGGACGGGUUUGCAUAAUGGUCAACCAUGCACUGUUUUAAAGUAUGAGGCAGAAGAAACCAAAUCAAGCUACACUGAGUACGCUCACUACAUUCUGGAAAACAAACACGAGCAUGUAGUGAAAGCCGAUUGCAUACAUUUGGAUGACGAGCUUUCACAUAAUCCAAUAAUUGUACUUAGACAAGUACAUUUGAAGACAAUCAAUGAUUAUCUUUCUUCAUCUCGUAGUGCCUUGUCUGAAAUGGAACAGCUUUCAUUUUUAUUGGACAUUGCUAAGGGCUUUGCUAGUCUACAGAAUGAUACUUCUGCCUAUUUCAGAGGAACUGAAAACUCAGUUUUUAUACACGUUGAAGAAAGUAUUGGCAACUUAAUUGCACAGUUUUUCCCUGUGUAUAAGCAAUCAUACUUUCCACGUGCUCAGGAGUACGCAGCCGCAGUAUCUUCAGCAGAUUUGAUAUGGCUUAGAAGAACAACAAUUUUGUUAGAUCGUGAAAGCAAUGAUGAAAAAUCGGAGCUACCCGAGAGUCAUGUACUAUACAACAUUUUUAAGCACAAGUGGUUGUCAGAUGAUGAGCGUUUACGCCCUCGUGAUGUAUCACAAGUUGCUAAAGAGGUUGAAUACAUUCGAGAUUUGGAGAAGACAAGGCUAGAAAUGAUUGAUGUAGUAAGCAACUCGGAGUUUCAGGAAGUAUCACAUUUGAAUAUGAUCCUUAUCGGGCACACUGGAGUCGGAAAGACCUCAAUUCGAAAGCAUCUACAAAACCUUUUAUUUGCCAAGAAUGAAACCAGUACUAUCCUAUUUGAACAUGAGCUUCUAUUUGUACAAACAGUUGAAUUGUUGCCUGAUACCAAUAUCCCAGUUUUCCAACGUAAUGAUGCAGUAUACAGUAGUGAGAAGGAUAAGGUGUUUCUUACUUUGUGGGACACAGGGGGCCAGCCAAUGUUUCAGGAUCUUCUUCCUUGCUUCGCCAAAUUCAGAUCCAUUUAUGGCGUUGUGUUUCGUAUCAGUGAUUUUUCGAAUGAUUCUAACGCUGUUACAAGACCCACUUGUCCACUUGAGAGCGAAAGUGAAUCUCCAUAUACUUGCAAAGAGUACAUUAAACGAUGCCUUGCUUUUUUGGAGUUCUUUGCAUUUGAUAUGAAUCAAAGGUUUAUUCAACUACCUAAUGAAGUAAAAAAUGCAUUGUUUCAAAAUGCUGCUGAUGAUAUAAGCCUUUUUCCUAAAGUCGCUUUAAUUGGAACUUUUAAGGACAAGAUGAUGCAAGACAAUGCCGUAAGGGGAAAGUACAAUGAUUUCAAGAAAAAUUUGCUUCCAACUAAUUUUGUUGAAAGGUCCCUUUGCCCAAGCUAUGAUGACACUGUGUUUGAAGUAGACAACACUAAAUCAGGAGAUUCCUGUGAAGACCCUGGUAUUAAAGAUUUACGUGAGAAGAUAAUCACGGAAACGCAGCUCACAAAGACAAAGAUACCUUUGAAAUGGAUUGCAUACAAACUUGACUUGGAAAAUGAAUCACGAUUACAACGGCCCUGCACAGGCAUUGUAACCCUUAGUAAAGCUAACGAAAUAGCAAAGAAGCAGCAAAUCAGCUCAAGUGCAGCUCUAAGUUAUUUUCAUGAACUAGGAAUAUUUCUGUGGUACCGUGAGACAGAAUCUCUAAACAGUUAUGUAAUUGUGGAAUCAAGACAUCUGCUAUCUAUUCUAGGCACUCUUCUUAACCCAAAAACAUUCAUUAGUUUCCCUGGUGAAUGGAAAAACCUUCAGGAACAUGGCAUACUGAAUAAUGAUGUCGGUUUUACGCUUCUUGACGAGACUAUGAGCAGGACAGGGGUUGAUCGUGAAUGGAUUUUUAGCUUUUUUAGAGAGCACCACCUAAUAAUGAACUUGUCAGCUGAAGGCUACUUCAUUCCCUCUCUACUUCAAGUACUCCCGAUUUGUUCAAAUCCUUUCCACAUUUGUGAUGCAAUUUGUUCUAUGUGCACCCUCCUCCCACAAGCCAAAGAUAUGGAAGUAGCCCCAUUAUUUUUAGUGCCUAAGUGUAAGUGCAUACCACCUGGCUUUUUCCCUCGACUAAUGACAAUGCUUGCUGGAAUUCAAGACGGCGAGAUAAUUUGGAAGAUAUCAGUAAGCACGAUGAGCUGCAAAAACGUGGUUUCAUUUAUUGUAGGUGGUAACGCUUUCCUUGUUUUCACUGAAUUCAUUGAUUGUAUUCGAAUCUACUGUACUUCUGUUCCUAGUGCAAGCAUUUCCCAAUUGCUGUGUAGAGGCAUCUUGCGUCAAAUAAGAGCCCAAAUUGAGCGGCUCUUUUUGGAGAGUAGUAGCCUUCCAAUCAUAAUUACAUUCGCUUGUCCUUGCUCCAAGUCCCUUCAUUUUUUACCUUCUGUGCCGGCUAACUCGCAUGAUAAAGUGAUUUGUACUGAGCACCCAGGAUAUGUUUUUGAACCUUGUGAAAGUCAUCUGAAGUGGCUACAAAAGAAAAUUACUUUAGAUAGAGAUGCUGAAGAACAGCUCAAAAUUGCCCUGAAAGAAGGAGGAGUGGACGUACUUGUAUCAACAGUGCUGUUUGUGGGAUCUAACUUUUCUGAUCAGAUUGUAAUGGAUGACAGAGAAUCUGGUUCGACAAGUAUUUCCAGGUUUUUCAUUCUAGAAGACAACAACUUAAAAUUAUUACAAUCUGAAGUUGUAGAAGCAUUUUUAGCGAGUAACGCAGCCGAGUUAAAGCAAAAGUUUCCGAGUGAUCAAGAUAGUUCAUGUGAUCCACCCAAGACUGAAGCCUCUGCAAAUUAUAUAUCAGAAUCGAAAGAUUACUUGCCCAAGGCUGAAACGUCUGCAAAUGAUUUAUCAGAAUCAAAAAAUUUUUUGCCCAAGGCUGAAACGUCUGCAAAGGAUUUAUCAGAAUUGAAAGAUUUCUUACCGCACAAACAACACAGUCCACUUAAGUCUUAUGCUGUCAAUGAACCACAGCAAAUUGCUGGAGAUGAUGAACAUCAUAUUACAAAACGCGAGGAACAUAGCUCACCUGCAUCUACAUCUAUGCAUAUCCCAACUGAUCAGCUAACACGUAAUAAAAGUCGCAUAGUCACAUUAAUGCAAGGUGCUAGUGAUGAGCUACAAAGUCUCCAUUUAAUGAAUGCAAUAGAGUGUAAGCAUUCUCUUAUCUUAACAAUUUUACCAUUGCUUACUCCGCAACUAUCAUCUUUCGGUAUUCUUGAUGUUCAGUUCACAGCGGAGAUGCUUGAAAAAUUUCCAGAUAUUUCUGAAAAAUGGAUAGUAAUAGCUCCAUCAUUGAUGAAGACUUCAAAAAAUGAAAUUGAUCUCGUAGAAAACAGUCCACAUAGGCAUAAAUUUGCUUUAAAUUUUUCUGGUGGAGUUCUUUUUUCUAGUCAUGAAGAAGUUUUAAAAGUUUUGAGGACUUUGCGUAGCAUGAACAAAGAACAGAUUCCCUAUUCUUGGUUUUAUCUCUGGAGUUUUGUUAAAAACACACUUCAACUAAACAAUUCAAAAAUAAUUACUCUUGAUACUGUUAUUCGCAUUUCAGACACUUGUGGUAUCAAGUCUGGUCAGCAGCUACAGGACGCUCUUGCAUAUCUACAUAAAUGUGGUCUGCUAAUCUACUUUAAAGAUAUUCUCCCCAAUGUUAUUUUUGAAGAUGUCUCCUUGCUCAUGUCUUUAAUGAUUUCUUUGCUCAAAAACAUUAAAUAUACUGGGCUACUUACAGAUACUGACUUUCAUGCUGUUCAAAAUGUUUAUGAUAGUAUUUUUACAUAUGAUAAUGUUAUAAAGCUACUCAAAGGGUUAUGCUUACUCUCUCAAAUUAGCUCGCAUCAGUUCUUAAUGCCAUGUGUUCUCACAACGUCUCUAAGCCCUCAAGAUUUGAGUAUCUAUUGCAAAGAACCUUGUCUUGUAGUUCAACACCCAAUGGCUACCAACGUUUUUGGAUUUUUGAUCUGCUUUGUAACGUCUCAAGAAAGCAGCGACUUCUGGCCAUGGAAAAUACUCACAAAUCCGAAUACGGGAGAUCCAGUUUGCAUAUUUUCAAACUGUGCACAGUUUUCUCUGCCUGGAUAUGAUUGUAUGAUAACAUUGUUUGCAUCUAACUCAUGUGUUAGGAUUUAUACUGAGUACAAGAAUUAUCAACCACCUUUGUUUCUGAUCAAGACAGCUGUGAUUCGUGGGAUUGAAAAAGCAUGCAAAUGUUAUCAAUUGGAAUCGCUGGCUUGUGAUGUUGGGUUUAAUUGCAUUUGUGGUUCCACAGACAUUGAGCAUAAUAUGAUUUGGCUUGAACAAAGUUUGAUAUGUUCUUUCAACUCGGAGCAGACUUUUAAGCUGUCACAAUCACAGCAACGCUGGUUUGAUGAAGGUAUUUCUUCAGAUGAUGAUUCCAUAACAGUAAACAGAAUUUUUAGAAAGUUCUUAGCUCGGUCUGAAGUGUGGUAUGAAGUAGGAAUGGAACUUGGUCUUGACACUCCAACACUGUCACGAAUAUCAUUGAGGUACCAGAAUAACCCGGAUCUUGCCUUAAUGGAAGCUGUCCGACAGUGGUUCAAGAAAACUGAUAACCCACAACUUCUCGAUGCAUCUCUUGCACUUGAACAAGAAUCGAAGCGGUUGUUUGAUGAGGCAAUGAAGCAUGGACACCACGUCUUGGUCAACAUUGUCAACAUGCUUGUGUUUGGACCGGCGGGAACAGGAAAGACCAACCUCAAGUGCCUGCUAACUGACAAGCCCCCUCCACUACAGCGAGACAGCACUCCUUGUAUGGAAAAGCCAGUACGCAUUCGACCAGUGUCCAACACAAAAUUCAAGUCAACUGGAAGGGGCUGGGAAGAGAUGUCUCAGCCAAAGUUGCUCAAACUACUAGCUGAAAUCAUUGCCAAGUUACCAAAAGAAAGCACCGAUCACCUAGUUCGAAAAAUCACUGAUCUCUCCAUGGCAUCACGGAUUGCCAAUAGCUUGAAGAAAAUGAUGAUGGCAUUAAGGAUUCCCAAGAGAAUGACCACAACCAAGCCAACUUCUGGUUCCAAAUUGAGCCCAUCGACGAACGAUUCCGAUGAACUUUCUGGCUCUGCAAGAAUGUUGGACAAAGCCAUCGAUGAAGUGAUAGCGAGUGUAGUGAGUGGUGUGGCAGAAGAGCUGCCAGCCACACAGGGAACUGACCAACUGUCGAGCAGUGACCAGCAAGAAGGAGAACUGUUUGAUUCCAACUGGGUGUAUGUUACCGACUGCGGCGGCCAGCCGCAAUUCCACGACGUCAGCCCUCUCUUCAUCAAGCACAUUUCGGUGGCGUUGAUAGUCCUGCGUUUGAUUGACGAACUCUCCAGUUUCCCUUCUGAUGAGUACUACAAGGAUGGGCAGCUUGUUGGUAGUCCUCAUGCAUCUCACAUGACCCUCGGGGAGACACUUCAGAGUCUGAUUCGAUCGAUUGAGUCCCAUACCUCACAAGAUAAGAAGCCGAAGAUGAUCUUUGUGGGCACAUUCUUUGAUCAGCUGAAGAGCUCGGAUAUACUUAUCGAGAGGAAUAAAGAGAUUCUCGACAUGCUGCCACCCGAUAUCAAGAAGCUAUUGGUGUACGAAAAUCUUGGAUUGAACAAUCUGAUUUUUGGUCUCAACACAAUCAGCCGAGAAGAAGAUUCACUGGCCACUGCCAAUAGGAUUAGAAUUGCUAUUGAGCGCUCUAUUCCGUUACAAGUCAAAAUUCCCAUCUGGUGGUCCUUCUUGGAUUCACUUCUCCAGAGUUUGUCUGCCAGUCUCGAGCGAGGUGUACUAAGCAUUGGAGAAUGUCUCCAAUUAGCCACUCGAUUUGGUUAUUUGCUCAAAGAUCUUGAAGCUGCUCUGGUCUUCUUUGACAACGUGUGUAUAGCGCACUACUAUCCCUCCAUUCUCCCCAACACAGUGUUUGUGGAUGCCCAGAUUCCACUAGACAAGAUCACCGAGCUCUCACAACACGCCAUCUUCCUGAGGAAUGCACGCUCUACUGUUAGCCCAGAAGGGACAGACGCCGAAUGGAAGAGAUUUCGAGAUGAGGGCAUAAUCACUUUAAAGUUUCUACGAUUCUUCAAGAAGCAUUACGUUGAAGGCACCUUUUCUCCAGAAGAUAUGCUGUUGAUCAUGAAAGAUCUUCUUGUGAUUGCUCCCAUUCCUCUAGUGGAGUCCACUACCUACCAAGCCGAGUUCUUCAUGCCAUCUCUACUCACAUCGAUCCCACCUGCUGAGCUAGACAAAAUCCGUUCCUCCUUCACAAUAUCACCCCUCGCUGUCUACUUUCCUAGUGGGUGUAUUCGCUCUGGAGUAUUUUGCUGUCUAGUUGUGGAUGUGAUCAAGAGGUUGGACUGGAAAGUUUUACUUCCUUCAGGGAAACCAAUCUGUUUUGCUAAAAAUUGUAUCCAGCUAAGAAUUCCCAAGCACCCGUAUACCGUGGCUCUGAUCGACUCCUUCUCGUAUAUCGAAGUGUACAUUGACGUCCCUUUUCCUUUACGCAAUGAAAUAUGCCCUACGAUUCGCAACGAAAUUUUAAGCAGCAUUAAAUUGUCCUGUCAAGCGUUGCAUUACAACAACGACACACCCGAGACAGGCAUCUUUUGCCCAUGCAAGAAGAGCACUGGAAGCAAAUUGCACCUUGCUGAUCUGAGCGAACGAAAGGACUAUUGGAUAUGCUCCCAGGAGGCACGUGUGUAUGGGAAGCUCAGUGACGAACAUAGAAUCUGGCUGGACAAUAGCGAAGGUUUAGGUGAACCAUCCUCUGUUACGAGAGAUGUCACUGAAAGAACAAGUGAUCAGCUGCAAUACCCCGGUAAUUCUGUAAUGGAAGAUGUGUGCUUGAAGACUGAAGUACAUGUGCAUGUUCAUGAUCAGCGAAAUACUUCUAACCCUGCAAUGGAACAUGUGGUCAAUAAAACGAGUGAUCAACAUACCAGUGAAUUGUCCUCUGUUAUAGUAAUGGAAGAUGUGUGCAAGGAGACUGGAGUGAGGGACCAACAACUAGAUCAAGAAAUCCCUGAGAGUGACAUCAUUCUAAUCGCGGAGAAAUUUCCACACCUGCUGAGCGUGCACAAGGUUUUGACAAUUGACGAUCUGCAACAUGUUUACGAGACUCUACACACUGCACAUGCAAGUGCCAGCCCUCACUGGUUGAAUCUGGGAUUGGCUCUAGGUCUCAGUCAUUUCAUUCUCACCAAUAUCGAUACCGGAAAGUAUCGUGGCGAUAAUGUGUCGUGCUUGCGUGAAAUGUUGGUUAAGCUCCUGAGUACACAAGUUGUAACAUGGAGUCUCCUGUCAGACGCUCUCAAAAAGCCCACAGUGGAUCUCAUCAAUUUGGCUGACAGCAUCACAGUCAAUCAAUCCACAACUCCUAACCUGCUCGAUCGACUCAACCUCACCCCAGCCGACCGUGAUGGUGUAACUGAUGUCACACGUUGUUAUGGCAAUCAAGCUGGAGUGGCUCAUGCAUUGAGAGCGUGGCAAAAUGUGAAUCCUUCCAGAGCUACCUUCAGGGCCUUGGUAGAAAUUGCCAUAGGACUGAGAAGAGGAGACACUGCUACAGACAUUUGUAGAUUCAUUGUAGAGAAUACGAGUUGAACUGACCGAAACUGAUUUUAUACAUAACGUUUUUAUUGAUACUAUUUUGUCUGCAAUGCUUUACUUUUCUGAACACAUUUUUGGUGUCUCUG